AUGUCUGCAUUCGUCUUGUCCACUGGAAAGUUUGCUCUCAGAAGCACUUUAAAGACUCAAAUCAGGGGUAUCUCUUCUGCUAUUGACAGUGUUAAGCGUGUCGGUAUUAUUGGCUCUGGUCAAAUGGGUCUCGGUAUUGCCUAUGUAGCUGCCAAUGUGACACGUCUUCCUGUUGUCUUGAUGGAUGUCAAUCAAGCACAAAACGAAAAGGGUUUGCAAUUUAUGGACAAGCUUUUGGCCAAGGAUGUCGCCAAGAACAAGAUCACAGCUGAACAUGCAAAAAUCACUAGGGAAUUGGUCUCCACUACUACUCAAAUGUCCGAGUUAAAAGAUGCUGAUUUCGUUAUUGAAGCAGCUUCCGAAAACUUGAACAUCAAGACAGCCAUUUUCCGUGAUCUGGAUCAAAUCUGUAAGCCUGAUAGUAUUUUGGCUACCAACACCAGUUCCAUCAGCAUCACCAAAAUUGCUGCCGCAACCAAGAGAGCCGAGCAAGUGAUUGGUAUGCACUUUAUGAACCCUGUACCUGUGAUGAAGCUCGUAGAAAUUAUUCCUGGUUUGGCUACAAGUGAUGCAGUGCUCGAGCAAACUCGUUCUCUUGCCACCGCCAUGGGAAAGACAUGUACUGUCGUUCAAGACAUCCCUGGCUUCGUAGCCAACAGACUCUUGAUGCCUUAUAUCAAUGAAGCAUUUAUGCUAUUGGAAUGCGGCGCUGCUUCUGCCGAGGAUAUUGAUACUACCAUGAAGUUGGGCACCAACAUGCCAAUGGGCCCUUUGACAUUGGCAGAUUUUAUUGGUUUGGAUACCUGUCUUGCCAUUACCAAGGUGUUGUACGAGAAUACCGGCGAUUCCAAGUACAGAUCCAGCGUAUUGCUUCAAAAGUAUGUUGAUGCUGGCUGGAUGGGCAAGAAGAGCGGAAAGGGCGUCUACAGCUAUUAA